AUGGAUCUCCAAACGGCAGGAAGAAACCUGCAAGCAGGCAUUUACGCGGACGACUUAAGCCGCUUGUUUAUGGACAUCCGCCAGAUCUUUAAAAACUGCUAUGAAUACAAUCUCGAAGAAAGCAAUGUGCAUAGGCAAGCGAAGAAGCUGGAAGGUUUCUUCGAAGAGUCUGUGGUACCAGAGGCAUUAGAUAUGCAGAACAGGGCGACGGAGGAGGACAACAUGCAGAGUGCGACAAUUCCUAGCAUUCCAAGUGUAGUGACGGAACCCAAAGCGAGUAGAAUACCUCGGCCGUCGUCACCACCAGCACCGCUUCCGCCAACUCCACCGGCACCGCCUUCCCGCUCAAUAUUACCGGCUCCAGCAAUUCCGAAGCCAGUCUUAUCCUUGAACGAUAUGCGACGAUGCAGGAAAACAUGGAGAAUCUUACAAAGUCACGAGUUGUCUCAUUGGUUUAGAGUACCGGUGGAUCCGGUUGCCUUGAAUAUACCCACGUAUUUUGAAAUAAUAAAGGAGCCCAUGGAUCUUUCGACCAUAAAAAAGAAGCUGGACCAAAAUGCCUAUUCUACACCCGCGGAGUUUCAGGCUGAUGUCCGAUUAAUGCUGGACAACGCAAUCACGUUCAAUCCACCUGACACUCAAGUUCAUAAGGACAGCCAAGCACUUCUCGAUAUUUUCGAAAAGACCUGGCCUGAAAACUCGCAGGCUCCAGACGCACUGCGACCAAUGGCAGACACCAAUGAUUCGAAGUUGGUAGCUUCUGGCAGUAAGGGCGAGUUAUCUGCUACGGAUGCGGCACGGUGCGAACGUGCUCUUGUGCGGAUGGAAAGUGCCACUCAAUCGGCGGGGCCAUUUCUACAACCUGUGUCCAGGGCGCUUUAUCCUGACUACUUUGAAAUAAUCAAAGAGCCGAUGGAUCUGUCCACCGUCCGGAAAAAUCUUCGGAAUAAAAAUUAUAAGACACUUCAGCAAUUUGAAAAUGACGUGCGGCUCAUAUUCACCAAUUGCUUCACGUUCAAUCGGCCCGGGGAACCUGUCUAUAUUCAAGGAAAGGAUCUCGAAGCUAUCUUUGACCGCGAGUGGGGACGAAGUAAAACAGGCUCUGCUGGGUCAGCUCCCAGUAGUGUCGCUAAAGGACGGCCCCAAUCCCCCAAAAUCUCUGUCAAUGUGGUGGACACGUCCACCCGAGUAACAUCCGACUCCCGCCACCAAGAAAACCGAGGUGUUCCACUGAAGUCGACAUCGGACGGAAAGGCAUGCGCGAGAAUUCUCAAGAAACUGCAGCGGCAUCCAAAUGCGCAGGCAUUCCUCCAGCCUGUUGAUCCAGUCGCGCUAAACAUUCCACAGUAUUUUGAUAUUAUCAAGCGGCCAAUGGAUCUCAGUACUAUCCAGAAGAAGCUGGAAAGUGGCGAAUACAAAGCUAGCGAUGAAUUUCGCGAUGAUGUGAACCUUAUGCUCAACAAUUGUUUCAGGUUCAAUCUACCUGGGGACUGGGUGUACGAGCAAGGUAAAGGACUUGAAGCUGCUUUCAAAAAGGACUGGAAGUCUCUGUCACUUCCAGGGGGGAGCCGCGAAAGUAGCCCCUUACAAAUUAAACGGGAGGGACAGAAGCCUCUUUCUCGCAGCUCAUCACCGGGUCCCCAACAGGCCCCAGCACACCCUGGACUGUCCUCCUCAGAAGAACAACUCAUCCAAAAGAUGCUGAAAAUGCUCCGUGAGCAUAGCAGUGCCGUAAUUUUUUUGGAACCUGUGGAUUCGAAUGUCUUGCCCGACUAUGACACCAAGAUUAAAACGCCGAUCGACUUGCAGACGAUGCAAACAAAGCUGGAUCAGCACGUGUACAAUAACACUUCUGAAUUUGAGGCCGAUAUGGCGCAACUGUUCGCCAACUGCUAUCUUUAUAAUGCGAAAACCAGUUACGGACACAAUUGCGGGGUGGCAUUGGAGAGGUUUUUCAAAAAGGAAUGGAAAACUUUGAUGGAAAAGCAAAUAUCCGCUGGGGACGCAGCAGGUGAUCAAGGCAGCAAAAAGCGCAAGAGAGAAAAGGAUGACGGGGGUCAGGUUAAGGACAAAAAGCAGAAAGCCAAUCCGGCCGUGGAGGAACGAAUACUUUCGGGAUCAUCAGCAACACCACAGACUCAGGAACGUGCGGGCGGGCCCGGAGCUGUAAAGCGCAAGAAGGCAGCCAACGAAUCCUCCGAGCGCAAGAAGACGAAGUCCCAACCUGCCGCUGAAAUCACGCCUUCGGCGGAAAACGCCGGAGCGCCUCCGAAGGGUCUAAAAUUGAAGCUGAAAGUCAAAAAAUAG